AUGACAGCUUACAACAACGUCACGCUCUCGCUUUGGGCGCUUUUCGGAGCUUUAGUGCUCUAUCUACUGACUGUCCCAGGGCCGCCAACUUUACCUAUCAUCGGGAAUCUGCAUCAGAUGCCCACUCGCAAGGCUUACCUCAAGCUGGCCGAGUGGGCCAAGCAAUAUGGGGACAUGUAUUCUUUCAAAAUCGGCUCGACAACAACUAUUGUGCUCUCCAAUCGAAGACUCGUCAAAGAAAUACUUGAAAGAAGAAGCGUUAUUAGUGCAGGCAGACCAGCUGUCUAUGGUCUUGAGAAGCUCGUCUUCGGAGGCCAUUUCAUACUUCUCCAGCAACCGGACGCUCCUAUGUACCGCAUUUCUAAAAAGUUGCUACAUCAAUAUUUUGGAGAGCCUGCCAUCGACAGGAGUCACUUGCGUAUCCUCAACGCAGAAGCGACCCAGCUGAUCCGAGACCUUAUGGUGGAUCCGGAUAACUUUCCACACCAUGCCCAUAGAUAUGCUAAUAGUUUCACAAUGAGCACGACUUAUGGAAUACGGACUCCGAGCCACGACACCCCUCAUUUGACAGCAAUCACCAAAAUCACCGCCCAAGCCACGUCUCUUAUCGUCCCAGGAAGACUACCUCCAGUCGAUGUCUUCCCGGUCCUCAAACUAGUGCCCGAGCGGUUCUUGGGUAAUUGGGUUACUUUGUGUACCGACUUGGGAAAAGCAAGUGACAAGCUCUAUAUGUCGAUUCUUGAAUCGGUGAUAGAGCGCCGGAAAACCAAGGCCCCGCGAGACACCUUCGCCGAUAGGUGUCUUGACAAUAAGGAAUACGAGUUCUCGCUUCAUGAACUCAUGUACUUGACAGGAGCCGUUCUGGACGCAGGAACAGAUACCACUUCCUCAGUACUGAUCACAUUGAUACAAAUGCUCUGCGCUUAUCCCGACUGCCUCAAGAGAGCCCACGCCGAAAUCGACAUGGUAGUUGGCGAUGAACGGACCCCGGUUUGGGAUGACUUCGCCAAGUUACCAUAUGUCAACCAACUCAUGAAAGAGACACAGCGCAUUCGCCCAGCUACACCUAUUUCGUUCCCCCAUAAAGUACUCGAAGAUACCUGGGUCGAUGGGAAGUUACUGCCCAAGGGGGCCACGAUUAUUGCCAAUGUCACCGGACUCCAUUCAGAUCCUAACAAAUUUAAACACCCUGGAGAAUUCCACCCAGACCACUACGAGGGAAUGCAAAAGCUAGCACAGGGAUAUGCCAAUACUGCAGAUGAAAACAAGCGAGAUCAUUAUGCGUACGGCUUUGGACGUCGGAUUUGUGCAGGAAUGCAGAUCGCCGAGCGAUCAUUGUUCACUACCUUUUCCAAAGUGCUUUGGGCCUUUGACAUUUCUGCUCCAAAGGAUGCGCAAGGACGGCCUGUGGCAAUGAACCUUGAUCCGAUGACGGGCUACACCGAAGGUACUAUCGUUAUGCCCAAGCCGUUUAAGGCUUGCAUAAAAGUCCGGUCUGAGCGGAGAAGGGAGACAAUAUUGAGGGAAUUCGAAGAGGCGGAGAAGAAUGUGUUUGCCCAGUUCGACUUACCCAACAUUGGAGGGGGCAUCUGA